AUGUCGAGCUUUGCGAACGAUCCGGGCCACGCCGAUACCACCACUCCUGAUUCCGCCUCAACCGAGCCGCACCAUUUCGACGGCGAGCAGGACCAGGACGGCACGGGAAAGAAGAAAAAAGGGCCCAAACGCCGCAAGGUCAACCAUGCCUGUCUCUAUUGUCGUCGCAGCCAUAUGACCUGCGACGAGGGUCGUCCAUGCCAGCGUUGCAUUAAACGUGAGAUUGGACAUCUCUGUCACGACGAACGGCGUUCUGCGGGCAAGGACCCUGCGCUCGCGAGCCCUACCAGCUCGAUACCGAAUCCUGCCGCGGACGCUACGAGACCUCUCCCUGGCCCCUCCCAGUUCGCACCACCCAUGACUGCUGCCCCGAUGAACACUGGUUGGCCCGGUAUGGGAAUGAGCAUGGCACAGGGCGCGUUCCUGUACCCGCCCGACGGGAUGAACGAGUUCUCGGUGCUUUCGGACUUCCUAGAGUCAUUAGACGAUGGCUCUUUCUUCGGCCAGCAAGCAGGGGUGAACCCGUCCCUGAUGUCCCCGACACCGUACGGCAACUCUGUCUCCCUCGGCGUCGACAACCCUUACAUAGCCCCUCCACAAUCCUCCGGCUCCGCUGAAGCUAUCGCGCCUCCGUCUCCGGAGAGGCCUCCAGAAGAGCCCGCACCGGUCGUGCUUCCCGCAGCGACGAAGACGGAGAGGUUCUUCCUCACAGCAGCAGAUCAAGCGUCUGGGUCACGGAACGAACGUCUGAACAUGGUCAUCCGAAGCAAGUACGAAGCGGGCUUGCUGAAGCCGUACAACUACGUGAAGGGCUACGCACGUUUGUCACGGUGGAUGGACAGAAAUGUCUCUUUGGAGUCGAAGCAGAAGAUCUUGCAGCCAUUAUCUGUGCUACGACCAAAGUUCCGAGCAAUAGCCCAGUCUGAAUCAUUAACGGACAUUGACCUGGUCUUCAUCGAGGAAGCCUUCGAGCGAUUACUGCUCGACUAUGACCGCGUGUUCUCUGCGAUGGCUAUCCCAGCAUGUCUAUGGCGACGUACUGGAGAAAUUUACAAAGCCAACCGCGAGUUUGCGGAACUCGUGGGUGUUGACGGCUACAUGCUGCGUGACGGGCGGUUAUGUAUCUACGAACUCAUGGCAGAAGAUUCAGCCGUGAACUACUGGGAGAAGUACGGCAACGUUGCCUUUGACUCCAACCAAAAGGCGGUGCUCACAUCGUGCGUGCUGCGUUACAAGCCUUCACUGCCCUCGUCCGGUGCCUUGACGCCGUCUCGCGGGAAGCCAAAAGACGAUCCCCCAAAGGAGGAAGGGUUCAUAAGUUGCUGUUUCUCCUUCACCAUCCGGCGGGAUCCCUACGGGAUUCCGACAUUGAUCGUCGGGAACUUCAUCAAGUGUUGA